UCGGGUCCGGGGAAGUGGGGGUAACCCAGGAACCCAAUGAGGAGAGCGGCGGUGAGGAAAGCCGGACAGAUGCGGAGUAGCGAGAAGGAUGGAGACUCCGGCUGCAGAGUCUGGAAAACAGUGUGGGCAGGCGGUGCGCGGACAUCACAGACUACCCUUACCGCGGGUCUGGGCCCAAGACCCGGCGGCUAAUAAAUUCUUAAUAGAAUGCCGAGAAGGAGGGGCUGUUUUCUGUAUCAUGCACUUAAGAAAGUAAAAUGUCAGUGCCUUCGUUUUCCUUUUGUCUGAAACCGUAAUCCCUCUCCAACUGCUAGGAGGUAGUCAGGGCUUGAGUCCACGUGAAAAUCGGGCAAUGGGUGAGGUAUCACCCAUCACCAGCAGCUAUUAAGCUUUAUUACUCUCUACGGAGUCCAUAUUUGUCCUGGACAGAUGGCUGGCACAGUGCUAGGAGUGGGUGCUGGCGUGUUCAUCUUAGCCCUGCUCUGGGUGUUGGUGCUGCUGCUGUGUGUGCUGUUAUCCAGAGCCUCCGGGAUAGCUAGGUUCUCUGUCAUUUUUGUAUUCCUUGGUGCUGUGAUCAUCACGUCUGUUCUAUUACUUUUUCCCCGAGCCAGUGAAUUUCCAGCCCCAGAGGUCGAAACGAAGAUUGUGGAUGCCUUUUUCAUUGGGCGCUAUGUCCUGCUGGCUUUCCUCAGCGCUGUCUUCCUUGGAGGUCUCUUCUUGGUUCUAACUCAUCAUAUCCUGGAACCAAUCUAUGCCAAACCACUGCGGUCCUAUUGAGCAUUGUUGAGGAAAACCAAGACCUUGUUCUCCUCUGCUCCAUUUUUAUGUCAUUGAUGAGCAACAAGGGACUUCAGAGCCUUAUUUUGACAGUCUUCCUAUCUGAAGGCAGAGGAAUUACAUUCAUCACUAAGACAAAUCUCUUGAGCUCUGGCUUCCAGAAACAGGGUUGCAAAAUUGUCCCCAUGGGCAUCAAUUCUCACCGUUUUAGGAGGGUUGCUACUGUCUUCUUAGUACCUGCACUUAGGAAUUUCAUCUGUUUUGAAAGGGAAAUAAUAAUAAUAAUCUUAGAGUAGAUUUUCAGUCAUGCUAUUUAUAAGUGGACUUGGCGGGAAGGAUGAGCCCUUUUUGAUAAUAUGUGAAAUUCUUAGUUAUAAAUUAUUAUCAUAGCUGGGUGUGGUGACACAUGUAAUCCCAGCUACUCAAGAUGCUGAAGCAGAAGAAUUGCAAGUUUGAGGCCAACCUGAGCAACUUAGUGAGACCCUGUCUCAAAAAUUUUCAAGAAAGGCUGGGAGUAUAACUCGGUGAUAGAGUGCUCCUGGGUUCAGUUCCCAAUACCAAAAAAGAAAAAAAAGUUGUAGUUAUUUGCAAAGUAAAAGCACUUAAACACAGAGGUUACUUUAAUGUGAUAAUUUGGAAGACUAAUUUAGAUGUCGGUUAUUGACCACCCUAUGCAUAUAAUUUCACAGAAGCCUAUAAAAGCAAUGGGUAUUACUUUCCUCUGCUCUAAUAAAGCAAUAAACAACCACCAAGGGGCUGACUUUCACUUCAAACUCUUGGCCAUGUAGUGAAGCAUUUGUAUUUUAUUUUCAAUCUGUAAGGUAGUAUUUUUAUAUUUCAAACUUGUUGGAAAAUUAGAGGACAGGUAGAGAAAUGUUGGUAGACUGUACUCCUGCCAUAUAUCUGUAGGUUCUUUUCCAGGAUAUGGUCCCUCUGUGUGCUUUAACAUUAUCUUAACAGGCCAUUUUAGGUUGUGGUACUCUCUCCCCAUCUUUGUAACUCUUUCUUCAACCCUAAUCAGGAACAUAUAUUAUCAGCAUUAGAUUAUAACUUUAUACGUGCCUGAUCUCCCUGACCAAGUAAAAUUUGUGCCUAAUUGGAGGGUCACUUUAGGAAGUGUCAUCCUGACACCCUAGAUCUGUUUAGAAAAUGGUCUUCUGGCUUAAAAUGAAGACCCAAGAGAACAAGUUGGAAAGAUUGAUUAGGUAUGUGUUAUAUGCCAGUAGUCUGCUAAUACUUUUGAAGUUUCUUUUAAGUUUUACAACAAUCUGUCAUCACCCCCCACUUUUUGUUGUUGUUGUUGUACUGGGGAUUGAAUCCAGGGGUGUUCUACCACUGAGCUACGUCUCAAGUAUUUUUUUUUUUUUUUUAAUUUUAUUUUAAGACAGGUUCUUACUAAAUUGCUGAGACUGGCCUUGAACUUGUGAUCCUCCCUCCUCAGCUUCCAGAGUUACUAGAAUUACAGGCAUGCAUUAUCAUGCCCAGCCAUCCCCGUUUUAAAGUAGAAGAAAAUCUGAAGCUUAAAGAGAUUAACUGACUCAUUUGAGCUUCACUCAACAUCCAGUGUGCAAACCCAGGUGUGGCAGACUCCUAGGCCUAUUUGCAGCAAAGUCAAGCCCACACAAGAGGAACAUUGACUGCUCCAUUUGCCACCUUCUCUUUGUGUGUGUGCGUGCAAAGUGUAUUUCAGCUAGGCCUGCCCUCUGUAGUCUGUAAUUGCCAGCUAUGGUGAAAUGAGUGAUACAUUACUUUCUCCCUGCAUACCCAAGGUAUUCAUGUCUAACCCUAAAAACAAAACAAAAUAAAAAACCACCACAGGUUUAGUCCCAGAAGUGGAAGGCUGAGAGCGCACAAUGAAUUUCAGACUUUAGCAUUGGGGUGCCCCUAUCAUCAGUGUCUCAUAUGGCACCCCUUAUAUUCAUGGCCUCCUGGAAGCAGGGCUCAGAGCUCAUCCCUUAAAUACCAGAAGAAAUCAUUUUUAGUGCUCAUUAACCAGUCUCUGAUCAGUGGCCUUAGAGCAGGUUAUGCUGUUCUGGUCUCUGUCCAGAGACUGCAGUGAUUCCCCACUGUUUGGAAGGUGGUAAGGGAGAGAAAACAGGUUAUUUCAUAGCCUUUCAGAAUUGAAUCCUGACAAGUUUUAAGAGUUUAAACACUAAAUCAAACUGCCUGACUUCAAAUCCUGAUUCCUGGUUAUUCCUGAAUGAUUUUAAGACUCAUCGGUCUGUGCCUGUUCCCCACUUGUGAAAUGGGGACAUUUAAAAGGACCUACUCAUAGGGCUGAUACAUGAUGACAUAAGUUAGUACUUAGAAAAAUGCCUACCACAUUUACUAAUCUAAUAAAAAUUGUGAUUUCCGCA